ACUGCGGCGCGAGUCAUGUAGACAUACAGGCACGGAAACGUGCGACACCAUCAACGUCGAACAUUCACAUCAUCAACAGUCAUAGCAACCAUGGAGCCCCUUUCCCGCCUCGUGGUACGCCAGCUAUCGCGAUCACUCCAACGUGCACCACUCCCCAUCCCUCCCCGCCGGCAAUGGAUUUGCACCCACUGCCUCCAGCACCUAUCCAAGCAAAUCCAACGACCAUCAUCGACCAUCCGCACCCGUCUCCGCCAACAACCCCGCCCCUCCCUCCGCCACACCCAGCGUAGACCCCAAUCAACACAACCUCCGAACAACAACCCCGCCGACAUCGAUCCCAACUUCCGCUCCAUCCUCGACAACCCUCCCACCCUAAUCCGCUCCAAUCGGCGUCACAACACCAUCGGCCUCCUCCUCCUCGCCUCCAUCCCUCUCACAGCCUUCGUCCUCGGCUGCUGGCAGGUCCACCGCCUGACCUGGAAAACAGACCUCAUCGCCAAGUUCGAGGACCGUUUGGUCCGAGAACCCUUACCCUUACCACCAGUAAUAGAUCCAGACGCCAUAGCCGAAUUCGAUUACCGGCGUGUCGUCGCAAGAGGGAAAUUCCUCCACGGCAAAGAAAUGCUCGUCGGACCCCGCGUCCGCGAAGGCGAAGACGGGUAUCUGGUCAUCACACCGUUAGACCGAAGCGAGGAAUUCCCCGACCUCGCAGCCAAAGGGAUCAACACCACAAUCCUAGUCAACCGCGGCUGGAUCUCGCGUUCCCACGCCGCGCAAUCCUCCCGCCAACAAGGCCUCCCCGCCUCCACGGUCGUCGUGUCCGGCCUCCUCCGCACGCCCUGGCAAAAGAACUCCUUCACCCCCGCCAACAACCCCGCGCAGAAUACUUGGCAUUUCCCUGACGUGGCCGAAAUGGCCGCGCACGCGGGCUCGCAGGCUGUGUGGGUGGAGGAGACGAUGCGGCCGGAUCUCAUCACGGCUUAUGAGAGGCAGGCGGCGGGCGCACCGAUUGGGAGGCCCGCGGAGGUGAAUUUGAGGAACAAUCAUUUGCAGUACAUUUUUACUUGGUUCAGUCUCAGUGCGGCGACGAGUGUGAUGUUGUGGAUGGUUGUUAAGGGACGGAGGGGUGGGGGUGGAGGAGGGGUCAGAAGGAGUAGUGGGUGGUGAGCGUUGGGAUUGAUCAAUUAGGACGGUGAGGGUGGCGGUGUGACCGCGGCUCGACUAUGUGACGAACCGGUUACUGAACUCUAAACGCAGCGGUUCGCCACGCGCGAUCUAGCC